UUGAGAUUGGUUUAUCUUCAUCUCGAGUAGAGUGAUAUUGAAGGCCAAAAGUCUUGACUCUUGAGUCUUGACCAUUACGCACGCAAGCAAGGACCGGUGAACACCUGAGUCACUGAACACCCAGCGUUUUUCGACUGGCUGUUUGCUGUUUAGCUUCCCUUCUUAUUCCCGUCUUUUCUCUUCUCUUCUCUUCUCUGCGUUAUCAUGGAAGUUCAAAGUUAUCUUCGAAUUACAAAUACCGUGAAUAUGCUGAUUUCUGGUAUGCAUAAGAGAGAUCUACAUUUAUUAAGACUACCGUUCAAGUCUAGGAAUACAAAAGUGAUGGCUAUUUCUGACACAUUACAAAUGUCUACUGCACCAAACAAGUAUUUAAAAGAUCGUCCUUUAGUGAAGAUGUGUGGAAUUACAUCAGCUAAAGAUGCUUCUAUUGCAGCAGAAGCUGGUGCUGAUUUUAUUGGGAUGAUCAUGUGGCCAAAAUCAAAACGUUCUGUUUCUCUAUCAACUGCAAAGGAAAUUUCAGAGGUUGCUAGGAAGCAUGGGGCGGAGCCAGUGGGGGUAUUUGUUGAUGAUGAUGCCGACACUAUUUUAAAAGCUGCUGCUGCAUCGAACAUAGAAUAUGUCCAGCUUCAUGGAAAUGGUUCACGGAGUACUUUCCCACUUUUGGUGAAGGAGAAUCGUGUUAUAUAUGUUCUUCACUCCGAUAAAGAUGGAAUCCUCCUAAAUAACAUUUCUGAAGAAGAAUGUUCUCUUGUAGAUUGGGUCCUAGUAGAUAGUGCAACUGGUGGGAGUGGGGAAGGAUUCGAUUGGACCCAGUUUAAAUUGCCGUCUAUUAAAAGCAAAUAUGGUUGGUUAUUAGCAGGAGGAAUCAAACCUGAUAAUGUUGAGGAAGCCCUUGUUACUCUUCACCCUAACGGAGUCGAUGUUAGCAGCGGUAUUUGUGGUCCCGAUGGCAUCCAAAAGGAUGAAUCAAGAAUUUCAGCUUUCAUGAGCGCAGUAAAUUCUAUGCGGUACUGAUUUGUUUUUCUCAACCAUAAAGGUGUGAUAACUUACAUCUGGACCUUUCUUAAACCUUUAUUGAAUAAAUGUACAGAAAAUGAGACUAAACAGAAUUGUGUUGUAGGAAGCAGGAUUAGGUUCCUCCCCCAGUGUAUUUAUUGACCUAGAUGAGAAAACUAGGUUAAUAAAUAUGAGCUCAGAGAUCGCUGUUCAUGAAACUUUUUUGCUAGAGUAGAGAAGGCCUUCGUGUGGGUGAUGUUACUAAAUGAAGUAUUGCAUUUAGAAAUGCAAAGUUUGAGAACAUUGGAGAUUUUUUGUAUGAAUUGCAUUAGGUAUUAGCAAUUUGAUUUACUUGAUCUCUUGGGUAAACAAGGUGUUUUUGAAGUGCUCGUUCAGCUCACUAGUAAAUUGUAAUAGGUUCUUGAACGUUGUGAAAUGUCAAUUUUAGGAUAAUCUUGCACAUGUAAGAAGGGGAGGGGAAUUUGAUUUUCUGUUAGCUAGUGAGAAUUAAACCCAAUUACAAGGGUAGAAAGAAAUCCUUCAAGGCCAAGCUUGAAAUGUCAUAUUUAAAUUUAAGAAUAAGUUGGCAAAUUGUUGCAA